CGUCUAAGUUGAAUAUUAACUUAUAUCGUAAAAUUAAUAUUCAAAUUAGAAUUAAAUACUAUUGUUUUGUGAACAAUUAUAUUGUACUUAAUUAUCAUCUAGUGAUAAAUAGCAGCGUCCGAUUACCCAGCGAAUCCUACAAAUUAUAUUUAUUUCCUAUUGUUAUCUAACAAAUCUCAGAUAAUACAGUGUAGCAUAUUUAUCAGAACGAUAAUUUUAAAUUCUGUUCACGUAAUUCGGGUCGCAACAAAACUACAAACUUGUUUUCGCUCGUCUGAGGCAAAAGUUGUGAAUUUCGUCACUUGAGUGUCUCGAGUUGAUUGGGCAGUUUCCGUGGGCCCUCUCGCCGAGAUAGACGUGCCGUCAGUCACAGUUUCAGUAAUAAUGACGGAAGCAACGAAAGUGAAUCCUGAUCUCCAAAGAGAAAGGGAUAACUGCACAUUUAAUGUAACUGAAUUAACAAACUUGAUUGAUGGAGGAGCCCAGAAAACUGAGGAGAGGAGGAAAAGAGAGGAGAUGGUACUCAAGGAAGGUAUUCACUUAGACGAAGUUCCGUCCGAGUACCUAAGCCACAAGGAGAAGUACGAGCUAGCGGUCAAGAAAGCGUGCUAUCUGUUCAAGAUGAUCCGUCGGCUGCAGGAGGAGGAGAACACUGGCAUGGAGAACUACCAAGAAGUGCUCGGCGGUUCGCUAGGCUCAGCUAUUCUCCGCGAUGGCUCCCCCCUCACACUGCACUACGUCAUGUUCAUCCCAACCAUCAUGGGGCAGGCCACCGUGGAGCAACAAGUGCUGUGGAUCGGCAGGGCCUUCAACUGCGACAUCAUCGGCACUUAUGCUCAGACGGAGCUUGGGCACGGAACUUUCAUCCGUGGACUAGAGACGACUGCUACCUACGAUCCUGACACCAAGGAGUUCGUGCUGCACAGCCCCACUCUUACUUCGUACAAAUGGUGGCCCGGCGGACUGGCCCACACAGCAAACUACUGCAUAGUAGUAGCCCAACUCUACACGAAAGGGCAAUGCCACGGCAUCCACCCCUUCAUAGUCCAACUACGUGACGAAGAAACUCAUAUGCCCCUCCCAGGUAUCAAGAUUGGCGAGAUCGGGGCCAAGCUUGGGAUGAAUGGGACCAACAAUGGAUUCCUUGGGUUUGAUAAAGUGAGGAUUCCUAGAGAGCAUAUGCUGAUGAAGAAUGCUAAGGUUUUAGAGGAUGGCACCUACGUCCGGGCGCCAAGCUCCAAGCUAACCUACGGCACCAUGAUGUUCGUGCGAGUAGUGCUCGUCAACGAUGUGUGCAGUUACAUGGCGAAGGCCGUCACUAUCGCCACCCGAUACAGUGCGGUGCGCCAUCAGUCGCAACCUAAGCCUGACGAACCAGAACCCCAGAUCCUGGAUUACGUGACCCAGCAACACAAAUUAGCUAUCGGCAUCGCAACAGUCCACGCGCUCCGUCUCAGCGCGUCUUGGAUAUGGAAUAUGUACAACAACGUCACUGCGGAGUUAGAUGCCGGAGACCUAGAGAGGCUGCCCGAGCUACACGCCCUAUCGUGCUGCCUGAAAGCAAUAAGCACCUCCGACGCUGCCGAAACCGUAGAGCGCUGCCGUCUGUCCUGCGGUGGACAUGGUUACAUGCUGGCUUCGUCCUUCCCUCUCAUGUACGGCAUGGUCACCGCCGCCUGCACUUAUGAGGGAGAGAACACCGUCAUGUUGCUACAGACUGCCAGAUACCUGGUGAAGGCCUGGCAGCAGGCCAAGGGCGGCAACCCGCUGACGCCCACGGUGGCCUACAUCGCGUCCGUGCGCGCGGGCCGCCGCUCGCCGCCGUGGGACAGCUCCGUGGACGGCAUCGUCCGCGGCUUCCAGCAGGUCGCCGCCGGUAAAAUAGGAGCGUGCGUGGCGAACAUCGAGAAGAGACAACGAGCCGGCAUGUCCUACGAGGACGCCUGGAACAUGACGUCUGUUCAGCUCACGAGUGCUUCAGAGGCCCACUGCCGCGCGUUCAUCCUGACCACAUACUUUAACGAGACCGAAAACCAAAUUAAAUCCGUGUCUCCAGCUCUAAGGACAGUUCUCCUGCAGCUGGUGGACCUGUACGUCGUGUAUUGGGCUUUACAGCGCGUCGGAGAUCUGCUUAGGUUCACGUCGAUCUCGGAGCGCGACAUCGAACAGCUGCAGAGCUGGUACGAAGAACUGCUUAUCAAGCUUCGAGUCAACGCCGUGGGACUUGUCGACGCCUUCGACAUUAGAGACGAGAUCCUGCACUCCGCUCUGGGCGCGUACGACGGGCGCGUGUACGAGCGCCUCAUGGAGGAGGCGCUCAAAAGCCCGCUCAACGCUGAACCCGUUAAUGACAGCUUCCACAAAUACCUGAAGCCUUUCAUGCAGGGCAAACUGUGAUUUCAACCUUGUCUUUAUAGUCUUAAAGUCUAAAAUGGCUUGCAGUUUUAAUGUUGGUAUAACGUUUGCUCAACGCAGAACUGACUCGAUAAGUUUCCAGUAAUAGCUAAAGUGCAGGGUAAACUAUGAUUUCGACCGUAACUUUAUGCUGAUAGGGCAUAAAAUAGCUCGAGGAAUGAAGAUGUCGGUGUUAAGGUUGAUAAUUCAUAAUAUCAUACCAAAACAAAGCUCUAUCCAUGAUUGAAUGGUAAAGCAGAGAUUUUCCAUAUAGAUAAUCGUACAUAGACACGCCUGUUGCUAUCUCUAUUGCACGCGCAUCAUUAUAUUGCUGUCCCGCCCAUGAUGCCGAUUGUCAAUGUCACAGUGCGAACGUGCAAUAGAGAUAGCAACAAGCGAGUCAAUGUACAAAAAUUCAUACGAAAAGCUUCUCUGCUUCAGCAAUGUAUUUAAGCAAUAGCAGAGUGUGACAAGUCCUAGAAGUGAGUAGUGACCUAUGUAAUAGGUAGGUAUUAUAAUUAAUAAAUUAUAAUGUAAUGGGAAAAGGGUUGCAAUAACAAACUUUUAUAUGAAAGCUGAACUGAAUCGAUAUAUAAAUAUAUUUAUUUGUAAGAAUAGGUGGUGGAUGUUAAACAUUCCAUAAGCGACUGUAUUAGGAAAUAUUUUAAUAAUUUUACAUAAAUCAAGCAGUUGCUGAAUUCUAAGAGAUUUAAUCAUGAGAUUUUUUAAAUUUCAAUGUUAACUAUUUAAAUGAAAUACAUUUUAUAUUUUAUA